GUCAGAUGACCCAACACCUCCCUAGUCGCUUGUACAAGCGGAGAGUAAUACGGUAAAAUGGCGGCUCGUCCUUUGAAGGCCUAUCUCGCUGUAUUUGGUGGAAUGUUUGUGCAUCUUACUCUUGGAACAUUCUAUACGUUCGGUAAUUUGACACCAUACGUGACGUCAUACCUUCGGAACAGCACCUCCGACCAUGACAUGGACUACAGCGACAGUGUGUGGAUAUUCGCGACUGCAGCUGUAGGUCAAGGGUUAUCCAUGUUUCUCGGAGGUAUCAUCAGCAGAAGACUCGGUCUACGACUCACCGUCUUGCUGGGGGCGGGGCUCAUGAGCUCUGGCGUAACCUUCACGUACUUCACAAUACAGCAUUCGUACAUCGGAGUCAUCUUGACGUAUGGUCUCAUGGUUGGUCUUGGGGCGGGCGUUGCCUACUCACUCCCCUUGUCAUGCGCAAUGAAGUGGUUCCCGGAACGAAAAGGCAUGGCAGGUGGCCUAGUGGUGGCGGGGUUCGGGGGAGGAGCGUUCAUCUUUAACCUGGUCCAAACGGCUUUCAUCAACCCAGGCAAUCUGUCACCUGAUUUGAAGGUCAAUGGAGAAAAAUACUUCACGCAACCUGAGCUCCUGGACAGGGUGCCGUGGGUGUUCGUGCUGACCGGCGGGGUAUACGUUGUCAUGCAAAUCGUGGGCGUGGCCGCCAUGCGAGAGCCCCUGUCGCCGGAGUUUACUACAGAAAAAGAACCUACUGUAGACUUUGCCUUGGGCAGUGACAGUGAGGAACAAACAACGAAUAAAACCACUACCGAGGGCGUGUCGGACAGUACCAACAGCAGCGACCAUGUCCAGGACUCUAGUGAAAGUGAUUUAAGCAGACAAGCCGAUGACCUGUCCCCGCUGCAAGUGUUACGGAAUCGGGCGUUCUACACCAUUUGGCUGUGUUUCCUACUAAAUGGACAAGGAGUCGUGUUACUGUCGUCUCUAUACAAGGACUAUGGGCAGACAUUCAUCGACAAUGACGUGUUCUUGGCUGUCACUGGCGCCUUCGCUGCUGUAUUCAACUUCUCAGGACGGAUGUUCUGGGGCUUUAUAGCAGACCGGUUUUCAUUUAAAAUAGCCAUGCUGUGUCUGUGUACCUCUUUCUGCUCCCUGAUGAUCACCUUCAACGCCACGAGACUGGGAGGGAAGCCCCUGUUCUUCAUCUACGUGUGUCUUCUGUACGGGACCCUGGCGGGGAACUUCGCCUUGUUUUCCGUCGCUGUGGCUAAAUCGUUUGGCCAGACGCACUAUGCUAUCAACUACGGCCUGGCAUUUACGUCACAGGUAGUAACAGCGCCACUUGGGGCCAUCUUCGCGUCUCAGCUCAAGACACAGAUUGGCUGGUUUGGUCUGUUCAGCAUGAUCACCGGCUUCACCUUCCUGAGUCUGCUUCUGACCACGACGUUCAACGUUAAGAACAAAAAAGGGAAGGAUAUUUGAAGCGAUAAAAGAAUACCAAACCAAGAUGUGGCGUUCAUCGACGCGUGUUUUACAAAAACUGUCAUCAGAAACAAUUGAUCAGAUAACUUCUAUGUACUGCUGAUGUAUUAAAUUAUUCCGCUAAUAUAA